CCGGUCCCUUUAACGCGUCUCACGUGGGACUCACGGUCGGGGCUGUCUCGCGUGCUGACAGCUGAGGCAAACUCAUCGGUCCUUUCUUUGCCUUCUGACCCCGUCCGCCUCACUUCAACGUCACCGCGGUUUCAUUUAUGUUCGGAUAAUAACAAACGGAGUCAUAGUCAACGUGUUAGCCGGCGACAGAAACGCCACCUUUCCUUGAGAAGCGUCACUAGUUAGUGGUUUGCGGGCAAGGGUUGGGGGGGUCCCGCUGUGGUAGCCACACACCAAGAGAGGACGACGCGACGAUCCACGAGGAAUUCGGACUCCGUAAAUUUCACUGACACCGCUGCGAAAUGGUGAUAACGACAGAAGAACUCGAGCAGAUCCUCCUGCGAAUGACGGAGCCCGACAACGAGGUCAUCCAGCAUGUCACGAUCCGGCUGAAGCAGGUUUUCAAAGACCCGGCCAUCAUCCCUGCCCUUUGUGCUGUCAUGAGAGGCUCCCAAAAUCCGCAGGUCCGUCAGUCGGCCGCAGUGAUGCUCCGGAUGAGAGUGAAGAAACAAUGGAGGAAGAUAAAACCCCCUGACAGAGAAAGUCUCAAGGCGGUGGUGUUGCAGGCAUUCAUGCAGGAAACAGAACACCAAGUGCAGCACUCGCUUUCCCAGUUGUGCGCCUUGAUGGUCAAGCACGAGACCCCCGAGAGCUGGCCUGCCCUUCUGCAGCUCCUCAAUCAAGCCACCAAGAGCGUCAACCCACACGAUAGACAGGUUGGACUGCUGCUCCUGAACAAGGUGAUCGAGUCCAACCCGGAGCCAUUCCAGCCUCACUACUGCCAACUUCUGCAGCUUUUUAGCACCGUGUUACAGGACCACAACAACCCGACAGCCUUGUACUACUGCAUCCUCAGCCUUACGGCCAUGACCGUUUACACUGGCACCCAGCAUAUGAACCAGAUGCGCUCCAUCAUCCCAAUUUUGAUUGUCGCUGUGAAACAGCUUAUUAAAGCAGAUGAGAGCCAAGCUAGUGAGGCAAUGGAGGUAUUCAAAGCGCUAAUGGAGAGCGAAGUGUCCAUCAUUGUGCAUCACGUUGCAGACAUGGUUCGCUUCUUCUUGGAGGUGGGCGGGGAUACCACGCUGACUGACUCGCUGCGUGUCAGAGCCCUCUCUUGCAUUGCCUUUCUCAUCAAGUUGAAGAGCAAGACAGUGCUGAAGCAAAAGCUGCUCCUCCCCAUCCUGCAGGCCAUCUUUCCCAUUUUGACUGCAACACCUCCGCCCGGUCAGCACGACCCGGAGGAUGAUGAAGAUGACAACGGAGAUGGCGAAGAAAAUGACAAUCCUAAACAUUGUGCCGCUCAGGUCAUUGACACCAUGGCGCUCCACAUGCCCCCCGAGAAACUUUUCCAUCAGCUGAUGCCGCUGACUCAGAUCUGCCUGGCCAGUGAUAACCCCUAUCAGAGGAAGGGCGGCCUCAUGUGUCUUGCUGUGCUGGCUGAAGGAUGUGCAGAUCAUAUACGCACCAAGAUGCUGUCGUCGGUGCUGCAGACAGUCUGCCAGAGUCUUUCAGAUGCUGAUCAUGUUGUGCGCGGUGCCGCUCUCUUUGCCCUGGGACAGUUCUCGAAACAUUUACAGCCUGAAGUGAGUAAACAUUGUGAGGAAUUGAUGCCUUUGCUGCUCGGCUAUCUUUCGUCUUUAAACCAGGCCAAGGUUGGCCAUGUCACUAAGGCCUUUUAUGCGCUGGAGAAUUUCAUGGAGAACUUGGGAGCAGAUAUUGAGCCGUACCUCCCCACCUUGAUGAACACCAUGUUGUCUUCCCUCAACAGCACAGACAGCCUGAAAAUCAAAGAACUCACCGUGUCCGCCAUCGGCGCCAUUGCCAACGCGGCCAAGGAGCUGCUGGCUCCAUACUUCCCUUCAAUCAUUGAAAGCCUGAAGGGCUUUCUGACGGCCACCACAGAGGAAAUGAGGUCCCUGCAAACUCAAUCUUUAGACACGCUCUCCGAGCUGGCUCGAACCAUCGGCAAAGAGGUCUUUGCUCCUCUUGCCGCCGAAUACGUUCAACUUGGCCUCAAACUCACCGACUCCAUCGACGACCCUGACCUGAGACGCUGCACGUACAGUCUGUACUCAUCCCUGUCCACAGUCAGCCCGGACUGCCUGACUCCUCACCUCACUCCCAUUACGACAAUCAUGCUGCUCGCCCUCAAGUCCAACGAAGGCAUCACGGCCCACCUUGAUGAGGACAAGACGUUCGUCCUGCUGGACGACGAUGAUGACGAUGACGACGAUGACGACGACGAUGACGACGACGACGAUGAUGACGACGAUGACGAUGACAAGGCAAAGGAUUCGGAUGAAUUUCUGGACGAGGAGCCAGACUCGGAUCUCCAUGAUGCCGCGUUCAGUGUGGAGAACGCCUACAUUGAUGAGAAGGAGGAUGCAUGCAUUGCGCUGGGAGAGAUCGCCUACAACACUGGCGCUGUCUUCCAGCCCUUCUUGGAGUCGAGCUUCCAGCAGGUUUUCGAAAUGAGAGAUUAUCCCCACGAGGAUGUUCGCCGGGCAGCAUUCGGAGCCAUGGGUCAAUUCUGUCGGGCACAGCACAAAGUUUGGAUCGAGAAUCCCACUGACUUCAAUCACCAAGCCUUGUUGAAGAUGCUGGACGUGGUGAUUCCCAGCUUUCUGGAGACAGUGCGCACCGAGCCAGAGCGCCAAGUUGUGAUGGGCAUCCUGGAAGCGAUGAACAGCGUCAUACAGUCCUGCAAGGAGGAGGUUUUCAAGAACCCCACUCGCCUCAAGGAGAUCAGCACCGUCAUCCGCGACGUUUUGAAGAAGAAGACUGCAUGUCAGGACAGCGAUGAAGCUGAUGACGACGACCAAGAGGCAGAGUAUGAUGCCAUGCUCCAGGAGUUUGCGGGUGAAGGGAUCCCCCUCCUGGUUGCUUCUGUGUCAGCGGCCAGCUGCGCUCCUUUCCUCAAUGACCUGCUGCCUCUCAUCUUGAGCAAAACUAAAUCCUCAUGCACAGAGGCUGAAAAGUCAUUUUCUCUGGGUACCAUCGGAGAAAUUCUAAAGGCUCUGAUCAGCACGUCCGGUGGUCGGGAACUGGCGGGCCAACUGUCCAGUCGUGUCCUCCCCGUCUUGGUCGCCGGAGUGAAAGAAAGUGAUGCGGAGGUCCGCAACAACAGCGUAUUUGGACUGGGAUGUCUCGCUCAGGCCGCUGGUCCCCUUGUAGCCUCUGAUUAUCCCACCAUGCUGUCGGUCUUUUCAAACAUGCUGGCCAAAGAGACUGACCCCAGAGUGAUUGAUAACCUGUGCGCAGCCCUCUGCAGGAUGAUUUUGAGCAACAUGGACGCCGUCCCAUUGGAGCAGGUUGUUCCGGUUAUGGUUGCUCGUUUUCCUCUCAAAGAGGACAUGGAGGAGAACAAGACUGUGUUCAGCUGCCUGGCCAUGCUGUACUCUCACUAUCCCACUCUGCUUUGUUGCCUUCCAGAUUGUCCAGCUAAUGAAGCCUAUAGUUGACUCGUCCUGCCAUGUGCUUGGCAACAAGGAAGUGGAUAAAGAAACGCAGAAAAUGGUGGCCACGUUGUUGAAGCAGUUUGCUCAGCAGCACCUAGCGGACUUCCAGGCGGCCGUGAACUCGCUUCCCGGAGAGGAGCAGGCCAAGCUCGGCGCCGUUAUCAGCAUGGCGUGAUGGCAAGCUGCAUGAGGAACAGUCAGGCAAAGCAGUUCAUUUUUAUACUUGUUAGGGAAGAAAAAAAAAAGAUACACCACUCAUUGUUCCAACGCUAACAAAGUUUUUCUUGCCAGAAUCCA